AUGGCUGGCGUCGGCCACGGCUCGUACUGCCAGCGCACGAUGCGCCAGCGCACGAUGCGCCAGCGCGAACACCUGCAUCCGAGCGUGUACACGCUGCCGCCGCCGACUGACACCGAGGUGCUCGAGAUGGCUGCGCUGCCAAAGGCGCUCGAUUGGUGCGAGCGCGGUAUGUGCACGUCGUCUUGGAACCAGCACAUUCCGCAGUACUGCGGAUCGUGCUUUGCGCAUGGCGCGCUCUCGAGCGCGAACGACCGCAUCAAGAUCCUCAACCACAAGCUCGGGUUUAAUGGGCCGGACGUGAUGCUCGGGCGCCAGAGCUUCCUCAACUGCGCGCCGGGCCACGGCCUCUCGCACGGCUGCAAGGGCGGUGAGCCCGCGGACGUGUACGAGUUUAUGCACCAGUAUGGCCUUCCCGACGAGACGUGUCUCCACUACAACGCGACCGACUACACCAAGUACAUUGACUUGUACAAUGGCACGUGUCCGCCGGACGGCUACUGCCUGCAUGAAGACGCCCGACAGCCUCAAUGUGCCGUACUGCUUCCCGUGACCAAGAUGGUGCGGUACCGGGCUAAGGAGUAUGCGCGCAUUGCCGGCGAGCACGCCAUGAUGCACGAGCUCCUCAACGGUCCGAUCACGUGCGGCAUUGCGUGCAGCCCGCCGUUCAUCAACGACUACACGGCCGGGAUUUUGCAUGAUACGACCAACUUUACGCACAUUGACCACGACGUGGAGAUUGUCGGGUGGGGCGAGGACGAUGCUGGUGUCAAGUUUUGGCGCGCGCGCAACUCGUGGGGCACGUACUGGGGCGAGAAUGGCUUCUUCCGCAUUGUGCGCGGCAGCAACAACCUCGCGAUCGAGUCGGACUGCCACUUUAUGGUGCCCGACGUCAGUGACGAAGCGCUCGUGUGGGAUGAGAGCCCGGCGUUUGGUGGGUCGCUCUACGGCAUCCGGCCGUUCAAUACGACCAAGGCGGCCAAGUAUCAUGUCGAAAAUACGAGCGCGAUCGCGUGGAACAGCGACCGGCAGCACCGCCAUGAAAUUCGACUCGACCUGCUCAAGCAGCGACUGGACGCGACACGUUUGAUGACCACAUCGACACGGCUUGUCGCUGCCCUUGGCGUCCUUGGGCUGCUGGCCUUUUUGACGCUUCAAGGCCGUCGACGCCGAUUCUACCAGCGUCUUUAAUGCACGCGUCGAAUACAGUGCUUGACGCCACGA